CGAUUGCUUCGGUCUGUUCUUUAGUUAUGGUGCGGGACAGGACCCAGGAAGAAGGCUGGAACCGGGGCUGGAGUUUGGCUGGUUGCUGAACGCUGGCUGUCCCAGUGCCGAACGGGCUAUGGGAGAGCCCGAUCCCCUGGGCUCGGGGCAGCUCGCGGCCGGCCGGAGCUGGUGCUUGCGGCGGCUGGGGAUGGACCGCGAGUGGUUGCAGCUGGAGGCUGCGAGUGAGGUGACUAUAGGACGAGGAUUUGGUGUCACCUACCAGCUGAUGUCAAAGGUAUGCCCUCUGAUGAUUUCCCGGAACCACUGUGUCUUGAAGCAGAACCCUGAGGGACAGUGGACUAUCAUGGACAACAAGAGUCUGAAUGGUGUUUGGCUGAACAAAGAGCGUCUGGCACCAUUACAGGUUUAUUGCAUCCAAAAGGGAGACCAUAUCCAGCUUGGAGUGCCGCUGGAAAAUAAGGAGAAUGCAGAGUAUGAAUACGAAGUUAUUGAAGAAGACUGGGAGAGGCUGUCUCCCUGCCUUGCCCUAAAGAAUGACCAGACAGGGGGGAAAAACAAAGACUUGAAAACUAAAAGGAAGUUCAGUUUGGAUGGAGUAGAGAGUCCUGCAGCUGAAGGCCCCUCGGAUCUCAAUUGCAAAGUAACUUCAGUCUCUUGUGAAGCUGUUGAGCCAGUGAGGUUAUGUGGGAAAGGUGAAGCAGCAAGCCAGCCCUUGGGAUGUUUGUGUCCUAAGUUGACUUCUCUUGAGGCAAGUGACAAGACCACCGGGACUCAUGCUUGCCCUACUCUUCCAAAGGUCAUGGAAUGCUACCCUAAGAAGCAGAAGGCUUCCAACCCCUCAGCAUCUCAGAGCAGCUUAGAGCUGUUUAGGGUGAACAUGUCCAGGAUUCUGAGGCUGAAAGCCCAGAUGCAUGAGAAGCAGAUGGCUGUCCUGAAUGUGAGGAGGCAGACCCGAAAGGGGAGCUCGAAGAAGAUCUUGAGGAUGGAGAAGGAGCUGCAAGAUUUACAGUCACAGCUGUGUGCAGAGCAGGCUCAGCAGCAAGCCCGGGUGGAGCAGCUGGAGAAGACUUUCCAGGAGGAGGAGCAUCAUCUCCAGGGUUUGGAGAAAGAGCAAGGAGAAGAGGACCUGAAGCAACAGCUGGUCCAGGCUCUGCAGGAGCAUCGGGCUCUAAUGGAAGAGCUAAAUCGCAGCAAGAAGGACUUUGAGAAAAUCAUUCAAGCCAAGAACAAAGAAUUGGAGCAGACCAAGGAAGAAAAGGAGAAGGUGCAAGCACAGAAGGAGGAGGUUCUCAGCCACGUGAAUGACGUGCUGGAGAACGAGCUGCAGUGCAUCAUCUGCUCCGAGUACUUCAUCGAAGCGGUCACCCUGAACUGCGCCCACAGUUUCUGCUCCUUCUGUAUCAGUGAGUGGAUGAAACGGAAGCUAGAGUGUCCCAUUUGUCGAAAGGAUAUUGAGUCCAGAACCCACUCCCUGGUUCUGGACAAUUGCGUUAAUAAGAUGGUGGAUAAUCUGAGCUCAGAGGUGAAAGAACGACGAAAUAACCUCCUCAGGGAGCGGAAAGCAAAGAGACUGUCGUGAAGGUCAUGCUCCAAGGACAUGGGAGAGACACUAGGGGGAUGAUGGCGCCUUGGAGUGGUCUAGAGGAUUCCCUGGAUUCCCUUAGGCAGCUCUGGACAUCACCUGGGAAGCCAUGUGCUUCCCAGAGACUGAGUGGGAAGCCUGUGUCACAGGCCUUCUGUUGUGCCGGCCCUCCUGACACCAUCCGUCUAAAGUUAUCACUGGAACUCCGCGCUGACUGCUUCACUACGUGAUGAAUGAGUUGAGUUCUCUCGUUUCUUAAUUUGUUGGUUAUUUUUGAUACCUCAUGCUCCCCUGUUGAUGUCAUCUUGGACUGCCCUGAAGGUGGCUUGCAUUUUGAGUCUGCUUUACCUUUUCUUUGUGAAAACAAGAUGUCAUUUCUUAGAAAUAAAAUGUAAAAGCCACCAUUUGCUCA